AUGCCCGGACCAACAAAGUCCAAUGCCAAAGCGCCAACCACCCCUUCGCGAGCGCCAACACCUCCAUGCACCCCCAUCGAUGAAAGUCCCCGGCGGAGCGUGACACCAGGAGAUGGGUAUCAGCAUUCCGAACUGAAAGAACUCGUAGAAGCUCUUCGCGAAACCAGGGUGGAUUCCACCACCUCCAAACCCAAUCCCUCGGAAGACACUGCAGGUGGGUUUGCCAGCCCUAAGCAAGAUGGUAGAAAGAGACUGUUGAAUAAUGCUUCUAAGUUGAAGCCGCAAGAGCAGGAGAUAUCUUUCUCACGCAACCCCGAAUCUGAAUCGCCCGUGCUUAUGGAUAAAUAUAUGCCAGACAUACCACCCACUUGGAUGGAAUGUGAUCCCAUAUUUAUGGAUAACGAGAAGAUUGGUUUCGAUCCUGCGAUGAAAGAAUGUUCCGAGAUGAGAACACCUAAAGCUAGCAAAGAAAACAUGGAGCAGUCAGGCACGCCGGUUGUUGAUGCAGCACAGUAUGCCUGGGGUGAACGCAAACCGUCACCUACCAGCGCAUUGGCUGAUGCGGACAGCUGGGUUGCUAAAGCCCGCAAAGAAAGGGGAAAACCGGAGAAUUAUGUCAGGGCACGCGCAAUUGCCAACCCCACUGACUCUUUCGAGGGUCUUGCGGAGAGUUCCCAGGCUCAGAACGCUUGA